UCUCUAAAACCCUGAAAAGUAGAAAGUCAAAGGUACUUAUAUUUGACUGGUGUUCGUCAGAAACCCUAACUCACACUUCAUCCUUUUCUGUUCCACGCCACAGCUCUCAAAAUGCCAUUCAAGAGGUAUGUAGAGAUUGGAAGAGUGGCUCUGGUUAACUACAGCAAGGACUAUGGCAAGCUCGUUGUCAUUGUCGACGUCGUUGAUCAAAACAGGGCUCUUGUUGAUGCGCCUGAUAUGGUAAGAAGCCAAAUGAACUUUAAAAGGCUAACUCUCACCGAUAUUAAGAUUGAUAUCAAUAGGGUUCCUAAGAAGAAGACUUUGAUUGAUGCAAUGGAGAAAGCUGAUGUGAAGAACAAGUGGGAGAAGAGUUCAUGGGGCAGGAAGCUGAUCGUUCAGAAAAGACGGGCAUCCCUUAAUGACUUUGAUAGGUUCAAGCUCAUGUUGGCAAAGAUUAAGAGGGCCGGGAUUCUCAGACAGGAGAUGGCGAAACUUAAAAGGGAGACUGCAGCCUAAGCUUUCUUCUAUUUAAGCCUUCCAAUUUUGUUAUUAGAUUGCAUCAAUGCACCACUUGCAAACCUACCAAGUUGAUUUUGUGCGUUAUUUUUAUCAGACUGUUCCUUUAUCAAUUGUC